GUUUGUUUGGACUGGAGGGCGUCCCAGAGAGGAGAGAGAGAAGGUAGAAGGUUGUUGUUGUUGUUUCAUUUCCGUGUGCGCUUCGUGAGGGGACAGGAAACGGGAGCCUGUGGAUCUGCUGCGUGCUGUACUUGUGACCUUGCCGGGGAAGAGCGGGACCAGCACAUCCCCCCUCUUUUCUGUUUCUUCCUCUGUCUCUCACCCUCUCCCCUGGAUGUCCAUCUUUGUCUCUUCUCCUGCCGGCUGUGUUGACCUACAGACGGCAAUGGGGAUGCUAAACCAAAUGGGGAAUCUGUUAAAGGUGCUCACUUGCACUGAGCUUGAGCAGGGGCCAAACUUUUUCCUUGACUUUGAAAAUGCACAGCCGACAGACAGUGAGCGGGAGGUGUGGAACCAGGUGAACUCUGUCCUCCAGGACUCUGAGAGCAUCCUGUCAGGCCUGCAGGCCUACAAGGGAGCCGGCCAGGAGAUCAGAGAUGCCAUCCAGAACCCUAGUGACAUGGUCCUGCAGGAGAGGGCCUGGAACGCCGUCUGCCCCUUAGUCAUCCGCCUCAAGAAGUUCUACGGCUUCUCUAUCAGGCUAGAGAAGGCCCUGCAGAGCCUGCUGGAGUGUCUGACGUGCCCCCCCGCCUCCCCCACGCAGCACCUGGAGAGAGAGCAGGCCCUGGCCAAGCAGUUUGCAGAGAUCCUCCACUUCACGCUGCGCUUUGACGAAGUCAAGAUGCGAAUCCCUGCCAUCCAGAAUGACUUCAGCUACUACAGACGAACCAUCAGCAGGAACAGGAUCAACAACAUGAACUUGGAUAUUGAGAGCGAGGUGAAUAAUGAGAUGGCCAACAGAAUGUCUCUGUUCUACGCUGAGGCCACGCCCAUGCUGAAAACCCUGAGCACCGCAACCACAAACUUUGUUUCCGAGAAUAAGACCCUCCCACUGGAGAACACCACAGACUGUCUCAGUACCAUGGCCAGCGUCUGCAAGGUCAUGCUGGAGACACCUGACUACACCAGCAGGUUCAACAGCGAGGACACUCUGCUGUUCUGUAUGAGAGUGAUGGUGGGUGUUAUCAUCCUCUACGACCACGUUCAUCCCAACGGAGCCUUCAACAAGUCCUCCAAGAUUGAUAUGAAAGGAUGCAUAAAGGUCCUGAAAGAUCAGCCGGCGGACAAUGUGGAAGGUCUCCUCAAUGCCCUCAAGUUCACCACAAAACACCUGAACGAUGAGUCCACUCCGAAAAACAUCCGAACGAUGCUUCAGUAACGUUUCUUUUAUAUAUAAAUAAAGAAGAUGAAGAGGAUCAAUGUCCUGACCUCAAAAGAUGUAUAUGUUUACAUAAUUUAAAGACUUGAUGUUAAUACUUGUGUGUAUUUACAUAGUCAUUCCCUCCAAGUUACUGAAACAUAUAGAACAUGUACCUUUACCUUAUGACAAACGCAUGGCCUAGGCCAACGCUAUUCCCUGUUCAAGCACAGACUCUAGAUACCUUUCAGCCUUACAGACGAGGCAGGCAAGCUGCACUUGUAGAAACUUGUCUUUGUGAGGGGGGGGGGGUGGAGUAGGAGUGGACCAGGCCUGCUCAUCAACGGUUCUAUAUGAGCAGGAAUAUGCACACUUGAUUUGUCUCACCUGGUUUAUUGGAUGUGGGUGGGUUUCACACAGUUUAAGUGUUCCACUAGCCCAAAAUUCUAACAACCCUGUCCAUGUAGUGCACCCAGGAAGGUAAAUCAAGUGUACACAUUUUUGGUGGGAAAAAUGUUUAAUGGUUAUGAUGGUGACGUUCAGAUGAAGUGUGCUUGGUGAUGUCAGGACUAGUUGUGCUUUUUUGGGGAUCACAGAAAAGGGCAGUACGCACCACAAGAGAUGAACGAAUCAACCAAAUUAUGUUUUUAUUCACAAUGGAAUGGCAGAAAGUGGGAUGAUAAAUGUUUUUUUUGUUUAGUUUU